GGGAAGUGAGCAGGCACAGACGCUGGCAGCCAUCAGGAGUUCAAGCCUCUUUGACAGCAAGAGGUUGGAAGAAAGGACAGAAGUGGUUCUGGCUGUGAUGGGGCUCUUACUGGGCCUGCUGCUCCUGGGCCACCUAACAGUGGUCGCCUAUGGCCAUCCCAUCCUGGAAGCACCUGAGAGUGUGACAGGGACUUGGAAAGGGGAUGUUAAUAUUCCCUGCACCUACAGUCCUCUGCAAGGUUACACCCAAGUCUUGGUAAAGUGGCUGGUACAACGUGGCUCAGAUCCAGUCACCAUCUUCUUACGUGACUCCUCUGGAGACCAUACUCAGCAAGCAAAGUACCGGGGCCGCCUGCACGUGAACCAUGAGGUCCAAGGGGAUGUGUCCCUCCAUCUGAAUACCCUGGAGAUGGAUGACAAGAGCCACUACACUUGUGAAGUCACUUGGCAGACACCCAAUGGCAACCAAGUAGUGAGAGAUAAGAUCAUUGAUCUCCGUGUCCAGAAAGUCUCUGUUUCCAAGCCCACUGUGACGACUGGCAGUAGCUAUGGCUUCACAGUGCCCCAGGGAAUGAGGAUUAGCCUUCAGUGCCAGGCUCGGGGUUCUCCCCCCAUCAGUUAUGUUUGGUACAAGGAACAGACUAACAACAAAGAACCAACCAAAGUAGCAACCUUGAGUACCUUACUCUUCAAGCCUGCAGUGGUGGCUGACUCAGGCUACUAUUUUUGUAUUGCCAAGGGCCGGGUAGGCUCUGAACAGCGCAGCAACAUUGUGAAGUUUCUGGUGAAAGACUCUGCAAAACCACUUGAAACCAAGACUGAGGCAUCUACAACCAUGCAAUCCCCCUUGGAAACAACAUCUACAGUGAAUUCAUCCUGGGGUUGGACCGCUGAAGUGGAUGUCUACCUUAAGGAGACCAGGACUGUGCCAGAAAAGGGCCUGCCUAUCUUUGCCAACAUUCUCAUCGUCUCCUUGUGCUGUAUGGUGGUCUUCACCAUGGCUUAUAUCAUGCUGUGCCGGAAAAAAUCCCAACAAGGUCACCUAAGGUUUCACCAGGAGCUGCUCCCCUUUGAGAUGAUUAUGGAAGUCAAAUAGUACACAAAAGUGAACAAGGAGAAGUCCUCCACUUUACCACCACCAACCUGCCAAGUCUAUGGUCAAAACCUCAGUGUUUCUCUCAUACCCAGAUGCCAGCUUCACAUAGCUCAUGAAAAGAGCAACUUCUUCUUCCUCAUCAUGCUUACAAUCCUCUGAAAUAGGGCCCCCACCCAGUGGAAACCUCAGCUUCCUUCAUGAACAGCUCUGUGUCCAUACCCCAGUCUUUGAAAAAAGUCAUUAUCUAUUCCUACUACCCUUAGAGAAAAGAAUUACUGAGGUUGAGAAGAGAAUCCUAGUUGCAUGUCCAUUGGUAAAAGGAGCCCCAAAUACAGGGACCACUUCUGUCAUAGAAGCAAUAGACUCCCAGGGCUAUCUCAGAGUCUCUUGUCUUAGAGAGCUUAGAGAUUAUUGAUUUUAACUCUGCCAUAUUACAGAUGAGGAAAUGAAGCCCAGAGAUAAACAAUGACUUGUCUAAAGUCAAACAUAUGAAGUCAGUCGUAGAACAGAGACCAGAUGUCAGGUCUGUAAACUCCUAGGAGAAUAUAUUCAUUGCAACAGGAAACUUCUGGAGAUCAUCUGUGCCUCAAAACUGAUAAUUUUUUUCAUCCAAGACAAGCCAGUAAAGAGUUUUAGGUAUUGGGCUACCUUCAAAACUUCAGGAUACGCUAAACAAAAAUGGGUUGAUAAUAUAGGACCUGACUUAGGCACAUGGUCAGGGGAAAAUAGAGGAGUAAAAAGAGAUCUCCAGAAGAGAGAAAUAAUAAAGUUCCCCUAGAGAACUUUUCUAAAUUUUGUUCCAUGAAACAUUAGACCCAGGAGAUGGCCCACAGGGGAGAAAAAUCACAAUCAAAUAGGCAUGGGUAAUGCUUUGUUCUAUAGCUCCUUGUUAGAGAUUUCCAAAGCAACAUUAGACUAUUAAAGGCUCUGAAAAACCCUGCAA